AUGGAGCAGAGGCACCAGCUGCAGCAAAGGGACCAAGUGCAAUUCCCCGGCAAUCCUCCUGGCCAGGACGGGCCCCCCCACACCGUGCUGACGGUCCACGCGCUGAACGUUCUCAGCGGCCUCCCUGCAAGCGGCCUGGGUAUGCACCUCUCUCAACUCAAGGACCCUCAUCAGCCAUGGGCCCAGAUGAUGAAGAGCGCUACGAACACCAGCGGCCGCUUGGACCUGAGCAGCAUGAUGCCCCACAGGCUGGAGCCAGGCACCUACAAGCUGCACUUUGAAACCGGGGCUUACUGGCAGCAGCAGGGCCGCACCAGCUUCUACCCCUACGUGGAAAUCGUCUUCACAGUGACUGAAGCAGAACAGAAUGUCCACAUCCCUCUGCUGCUCAGCCCCUUCUCCUACACCACCUACCGGGGGAACUAGAGGAAGA